AUAGAGUUUGCAGUUUCCAUAAUUGACAAGAUGGAGGCAAAAGAGAUCUUGCAGAGUUUGAGGCUCCUAGAGUUUGAUGACUUCAAUCAGUUCCUCCGCAGUGUGCCAGCGGCCACAUUACUGGGAUUAGGUGCCUUUGCCGCAGUCAUUGCAUUCUGGCUCGCUAGUAGACCCAAAGCUGUGAAACCGCCAUGUAACCUCCUAAUGCAGUCAGAAGAACUUGAGGCUGGUGAUGGUGCUCGCCAUUCUGUGUUAGGAGAUGGCCCAAAGCUGCUCACACACUACUAUGAUGAUGCCAGGACAAUGUAUGAAGUAUUCCAGAGGGGACUACACAUAUCAGAAAAUGAACCAUGUUUAGGAUCCAGGAAACCGAACCAGCCUUAUGAGUGGCUGUCAUACAAAGAGGUGUCAAACAGAGCAGAAUGGUUAGGAUCGGGAUUACUUUAUCAGGGAUGCAAGGCUUCAACAGAUCAGUUCAUUGGGGUUUUUGCCCAGAACCGCCCAGAGUGGAUCAUCUCUGAACUCGCCUGCUACACAUACUCCAUGGUGGUUGUUCCAUUGUACGACACUCUGGGUCAUGGCGCAAUUCGUUAUAUUAUUAACAUGGCUGAUAUUUCCACAGUAAUAUGUGACAAACCAGAAAAGGCCAGGCUUCUCUUAGAACACGUUGAAAAAGGAGAGACCCCAGGACUGAAGUCUGUGGUUCUCAUGGACCCUGUAGAUCCGGAGUUAAUAGAGAGAGGCAGAAAAUGCUCUGUAUACAUUCAGACCAUGCGUGAACUGGAGGUAAAAUGGCUAAUCCUUAUUUUACAGCCUCCAAAACCUGAGGAUUUGUCUAUUGUAUGUUUUACCAGUGGUACUACAGGCAAUCCUAAAGGCGCCAUGCUGACUCACGGCAAUGUGGUGGCAGACUUUUCGGGAUUUCUAAAAGUUACAGAGAAAGUGAUAUUUCCGAAACAGGACGAUGUGCUCAUCUCCUUCUUGCCUCUGGCUCACAUGUUUGAGAGAGUAAUACAGUCUGUGGUAUACUGCCAUGGUGGUCGCAUUGGGUUCUUUCAAGGUGACAUUCGUCUUCUAUCUGAUGACAUGAAGACUUUGCGGCCAACAAUCUUCCCAGUGGUUCCAAGAUUAUUAAACAGAAUGUAUGACAAGAUCUUUAGUCAAGCAGAUACACCCAUUAAGCGAUGGAUUCUUGAAUUUGCAUCUCGACGGAAAGAAGCUGAAGUGAGAAGAGGGGUCAUUCGAAAUAAUAGUAUAUGGGACAGGCUGCUUUUCAAUAAAGUACAGGCUAGCCUUGGAGGGCGUGUUAGAAUGAUUGUAACAGGAGCUGCACCCGCAUCACCUACAGUUUUGGGAUUUCUACGAGCAGCCCUUGGAUGUCAGGUCUAUGAAGGCUAUGGGCAGACAGAAUGUACAGCUGGUUGCACCUUUACCACUCCUGGGGACUGGACAUCAGGACACGUGGGAGCACCAUUACCCUGCAACUUUAUCAGAUUAGUUGAUGUAGAAGACAUGAAUUAUUUUGCUUCUAAAGGAGAAGGAGAGAUAUGUGUGAAAGGACCAAAUGUAUUUAAAGGGUAUCUUAAAGACAAAGAAAAGACAGCAGAAGCAUUAGAUGACAGUGGCUGGCUGUACACUGGAGACAUAGGAAAAUGGCUUCCGAAUGGAACGCUAAAGAUCAUAGACAGAAAAAAGCACAUAUUCAAGCUUGCACAAGGAGAAUACAUAGCACCAGAGAAGAUUGAAAACAUUUAUAUUCGCAGUGAACCUGUAUCCCAAAUAUAUGUUCAUGGGGACAGCCUUCAGGCAUUUCUGGUUGGAAUUGUUGUUCCUGAUACUGAAGUGAUGCCAGGAUGGGCAAAGAAGAAAGGUUUUGAAGGAUCAUUUGUAGAACUAUGCAACAAUUUGGAACUCAAGAAAGCAAUAAUGGCCGAUAUGGUGAGAUUAGGAAAGGAGAGUGGGCUUCAUUCUUUUGAACAGGUAAAAGCUAUUCACAUCCACAAAGAGAUGUUCACCGUACAGAAUGGAUUAUUGACACCAACACUGAAGGCGAAGAGACCGGAACUCCGAGAGUUCUUCAAAGUGGAGAUAGCGGAGCUUUAUGCUACAGUGUCUGUGUGA